AUGAACAAUCUCUCUUUUGUCAAUCCUACAAGUUUGUCCGUGUUGCAAGCCUUCUUUUCCAAUGUGAGCGAAGUCUACACUCCUAAUUUCCCUGAUACUCCUCCGAUCGAAUUUGACUACACUAAUGACAGCAUCAACGUCCUAAAUCCAUCCCUGUUAUUGACACCAAAAUCAACAAGCGUGAAGGUGUUGAAGUAUAACACUACGGUGGAAAUGGUGCUUCAGAACACAGCCAUUCUCGGUGUGGAGAAUCAUCCCAUGCAUAUUCAUGGUCUCAAUUUCCAUGUGUUGGCUCAAGGGUUUGGAAAUUAUGAUCCCAUAAAAGACUCUAAGAAGUUCAAUCUCGUAAAUCCACAAUCGCGUAACACUAUUGGUGUGCCAGUGGGAGGAUGGGCAGUCAUAAGAUUCAUAGUCAAUAAUCCAGGUGUAUGGUUCAUGCACUGUCAUCUGGAUGUGCACUUGCCCUGGGGAUUAGCCACAGCUUUCGUGGUUGAGAAUGGACCGACGAAAGACUCUACUUUGCCACCACCUCCAGCUGAUCUGCCUCACUGGCAACGACGAAUUUCAUUAGGAAAAAAAGUGCAAGGAAGAAAGCUGUUGGUUGAAAAUGUUAAGCAGCGGUUCUUGCCAAAUGCUUUAAAUUAUCCAAUGUUGGAGGAGUAUGAUUUCAGAAAUGACACUGUGAACCCUGACCUGAAUAUGGAAUUAAAGCCUCAUGUACAACCACGACCAUAUCAAGAGAAAAGUCUCAGUAAAAUGUUUGGAAAUGGUAGAGCAAGAUCUGGCAUUAUUGUUCUACCAUGUGGUGCUGGAAAGUCUCUAGUUGGUGUUUCUGCAGCUUACAUUUCACAAGAUCAAAUUUGUCGUUUUACAUCUGAUAGUAAACAACGUUUCAAGGGAAAUGCUGGGUUUGUGGUGACAACAUAUAACAUGGUUGCUUUUACUGGAAAAUGA